CCCGCCCCUCUCUAGGAGCUCAGGACUCGGGCCUCACUUCCGGACCGCUAGGUAUGUUGUCAUAGCGACCAUUUUACGUUAACUGGUUUGUAGUGUCUAACCCCGGGGCCAGGCGAUUGCGGGGACCGUGUUGCCCGCAUUCCCCGUCGCUUCCUGCGGCCGAAAGGCCAGACUGGGCCGGGGGAAUCCGGCCUAGGCGUCCGCGUCGCCCGGUGCGAGCGGGAUGGCUGCGGAAGAAGAGGACGAAGUGGAAUGGGUGGUGGAGAGCAUCGCUGGGUUCCUGAGGGGCCCGGAUUGGUCUAUACCUAUCUUAGACUUUGUGGAGCAGAAAUGCGAAGUUUUUGAUGAUGAAGAAGAAAGCAAGUUGACCUAUACAGAAAUCCAUCAAGAGUACAAAGAGCUGGCCAUUUUGCAGCCUGUGUUGGCAGCAGAAGAUUUUACUAUCUUUAAAGCAAUGAUGGUCCAGAAGAACAUUGAAAUGCAGCUUCAAGCCAUCCGAAUAAUCCAGGAGAGAAAUGGUGUGUUACCUGACUGCUUAACUGACGGGGCAGAUGUGGUCAGUGAUCUUGAACAAGAAGAGAUGAAAAUUCUAAGAGAGGUCCUCAGAAAAUCAAAAGAAGAAUAUGACCAGGAGGAGGAAAGGAAACGAAAAAAGCAGUCAUCAGAGGGUAAAAUGGAAGAACCGCCCAUAUACACUAGCGAAACUGCAAAACUGACUAACUCCCAAGGGGAUGGUGAGCACUUUGUACAGCCGUCCUCAGAAGUUAAAGUGCAUUUUACUAAUCAGUCAGUACAACCCUUGGCAAGAAAGAUGGAGUUGUUGCCUGAAACUUCCUCACUCACACAGAAAGGUCUGAAGAUCCCUGGCUUAGAGCAUGCAAGCAUGGAAGGACCAAUAGCAAAUUUGUCAGCACUUGGAACAGAAGAGUUACGUCAACGAGAGCACUAUCUCAAGCAGAAGAGAGAUAAGCUGAUGUCCAUGAGAAAGGAUAUGAGGGCAAAGCAGAUCCAGAAUACUGAGCAAAAAGGAAAGCCUACCAGGGAGGCGGAGGAAAUGACAGAGAAGCCAGAAAUGACAGCAGAGGAGAAACAAACUUUACUAAAGAGGAGAUUGCUUGCAGAGAAACUUAAAGAAGAAGUUAUUAAUAAGUAAUGUGAAAAACUAGCAAAACAGAAACCCAAAUUUUCUUAAAAAUAAAUUAUUUAAUCCUUAAAGACUAUUAGUUUCAAGCAAAUACUUGGUUUUCUAAAUGCAACUGUGAACUAUUAUUAAACAGGUAAAGGGCAAGAGGUAUGGUGGUGCAUGCCUAUAAUCCUAGCACCCACGCUAGGAUGCUGAAGGAGGAGGAUCAGGAGCUCUUGGUCCUUUCCAGUGUCAGAGCAAAUUGGAGGCCAGCCUAGGUUACAUGAAUCUGUCUCAAAUAACCAAAAUAAAUAAAUUUAAAAAUAAAACAAAA